AUGACCUUGAAUCGCAUUGCAGUCUACGGGCACCGGGGAUGGGCUAGUUCGGAAAUAGUCAAAGCACUUGCUAGCUCAGGUGCCCCCCUUCGGGUUCUCCAUCGUCCUGGCUCCGACAUCUUGUCUUUACCCGUCAAUGUCGAGGUCGUCGAAGUCGAUUUGAAUAAUCAGGCAUCAUUGAUCGAGAAACUCAAAGACAUCGAUAUCGUCAUUUGCCUUGUUGGACAUGGCGGCGUGCCCCUUCAGCACCACUUUGUCAAGGCAAUUCCAAAAACACAAGUCAAGCUAUUCGUUCCCUCAGACCUAGCAGCAAGAUACGAUAAACAAGGCAACAGCAUCCCUGUGAAUCAUCAAAAGUCCGAAGUUGAGAAGGCAGCUCGUCUUGCUGGUAUUCCUACCGCAGUUGUUCUUCCCGGGAACUUCGCGGAGUUUGUGCUAUCAACACCCGCGCUGGGCAUUGACUACCGAGACAACCGGAUUCAAUUCAUCGGUGAUUCUGCAUCGGAACCCUUGAACCUUUGUACCCGCCCUUAUGUGGCAGCGGCUUACGCCAGUAUCUUUGCUUCAACACCCAUCAGUCAGCUUGCAGGACGAGACUUAGCAUUGUCUGAACUGAGAGUUACUGGUAACCAAAUCGCCGAAGCCUUUGCGCGCAAAUUUCAUGCGGCUCCUAUCACAAGGAGAGAAAGCAAAGAGCACAUCGUUCAAGCAUUGGGUGAAGCAAUCGAAACAGGGAAUCCAAUGUCGCUGGCACUCUAUUGUCGAAAGAUAUGGGCAACUGGAGAGCAGGCAAGAAUGAUUGGUAAGGAUAUCUGGGACGUUGAGGAUUAUCCCAAAGCGACUCUUCCUAGUUUGAUUGUUGAAGGCGCCCUUGAACCCUACCGGUCGCUGCCUGAGGAGGUUAGGAAUUACUUCACAAAUCUGUUCGAUCAAUGUGAAUGA